AUGUCUUUAAGACCUUGGAUUGACGAGACCUCAACGUCAAAGGCAGAUACAUCUUUUGCCUUCGUUUCGCUGACGAUAGACUUCUUUGCGGAGUCUUUGGAAGAGCUAGGCUUAACGCUGAGCGGCCUACAUGAGUCCCGACGAAUCAGUCACCGUAUGAAUUUGGAAAAAGUUAUUUUUAACAACCAAGUCAUACUCAGAAUGGUAUCGAUUGAUAGUACCCUUCUCGAAGUUUUUCAAAAUGAUGUCUACCUAGGCCACAACAUUCAACUAGCCCGAAUCAAUUUCGAGAAGGAAGCUGAUGGGAGGAUUCGCUUAGGUUGGACAUCGUUUUGCAGGCUUCGUCGAGUCCUCACUUCGAAGAUUGAAAACGAAAGUGUUCAAGCAAUUCAUCCUGCUUGGUUUAACAUACGGUGCCGAGACUGGACGCUGAGGAAAGAAUUGUCUACAAGUUUCAAGUCGGUCACUGUGCAGCCAUGGAUUGUAUCUGUUUUUAUCUAUCAAAAUGAUGUCUACCUAGGCCACAACAUUCAACUAGCCCGAAUCAAUUUCGAGAAGGAAGCUGAUGGGAGGAUCCGCUUAGGUUGGACAUCGUUUGGCAGGCUUCGUCGAGUCCUCACUUCGAAGAUUGAAAACGAAAGUGUUCAAGCAAUUCACCCUGCUUGUUUUAACAUACGGUGCCUAGACUGGACACCGAGGAAAGAAUUGUCUACAAGUUUCAAGUCGCUCACUGUGCAGCCAUGGAUUUGUCGCAAGACCAGUGGCCAUUGGAGGAGACGUGUACCAAAGUGGAGACCGCGUGUUGGUAAACGUAGUGUUGUGGGUUACCCUCCGGCCCGCUGGAUUGACGAUCUACAUAAAGCUAGUGGUGGAGUCUGGAUGAGAAUUACGGAAAACUGGAAUGUUUGGGUCUAA